AUGCAGAACACUUCAGGAGACGUUCCUGAUGAAGUUGAUACAGGAGUAUCCGAGGUGGUCCUGAGGACGAUCUACGGCUUCCUAGGGACCGUAGGGAUCAUCGGGAAUGGUCUGGUCCUCGUAGUCAUGAUUGGGACACGUGAGCUUCGUACCGUCACCAACCUUUUCAUCGUGAACCAGUCCGUGAUCGACAUGGUGACUUCAGUCCUCCUCUUGGCAUCGUACGUGGCACCGCGUCCAUCUCUUCCGUCGCAGGAAUGGGCCGCGGUGUUCGUCUGUUCGGUAUGGAACUCGGGAUACGUCUUCUGGGGGACGUUGAUCACCUCGACGUUUAACCUCGUCAUGGUUACCGUAGAGCGGUACUUCGCGGUUGUGCACCCCAUUAGCUACCGCAGGAUGUUCAGUUACAGCCGCGCUUCGGCUAUGGUCUGCAUACCCUGGCUGUUGGGGUUCGGAUACGAGACCUACUGGGCGGCUGUGAAUAGGUACUCGGACGGUCAAUGCAUCAUUCAGUAUGAUAGCUUUUUCGUACAAGCUUUCCUAGGUGUUAUCUCCUGUACGAUCCAGUUCAUCAUUCCGCUAGCUAUCAUGGCCUUUGUUUAUAUCAGCAUCGCAAAGGCACUUCGGCAACGGGUGGAGGAUAUCCCGACUUGUCCCCCGGACCCUAACCGCUCGGGCAACCCAGAUCAACCAACACAGCAAACAAACUACCGCAUAAAAGCCCGAAAGAAUGUCAUCAAAACCCUUCUAGUGGUCAGCAUUACCUACGCUAUCUGUUUGACGCCCAAUACGCUUAUCUAUCUCUAUUUCAAUUUAGGAGGAGAGCUCAAUUUUGAUGGACACUUGUUCUACUUUACUGUUUACCUCGCUUUUAUGAACAUGUGUGUAAAUCCGUUCAUUUAUACUUUCAAGUACCACAAGUUUCAGAGGGGUUUGAGGAAAUUGUUCGGGGUUAAACGAUGCGGUGUUAAUAAAUUCAAGGAUAACUCGGUGACUGCUGCAACAGUUUCUGGAGGCAUGUGA